CCGGCUCCAGAGGUAGAAGAAUGAGGCCGCCGGGCGGAGGCUGCGGGGAUCCCUGCUCCGCCAUCGUCCUUCUCCUGCCGCUCAUCGCCGCCGCCUGCCUGGCCACAGCAGAUGGUCUCUUUGUCACAGAUUACUUUACUCGAACUCCACGAAAGUUGAAUCCCUUCCGCUCGGUGGGUAACGUUGAACUUUUCCACUUCCACAUCCCAGAGGACACCGUCGUUGCCGUGUGGAAUCUCAUUACCUUCAAAGAGCAAGGCGGCACAUUUGGUGACAACUGUCCGGACCGCAGCGUCACAGU